AUGUUACAAUUUAAACAAGGUUAUUCAAAAAAGGGAAGUGAAGAAAAUAAUUCACCACGGGAUAGUGACGAAGAAAAGAGUGUUGAAUUUUUAACAAAAAAAAUUAGAGAUUUAGAAUUGCAACUUGAAUAUGAAAUAAAUCACAACGAUACUGAAAUAUCGGAAAGAGAUGAAACAAUUAAAAAGUUAGAAGAAAGAAUAAAUCAGUUGGAAAAUUCUAAAAAUUCAGAAGAUAAAGAUGAGGCAAUUUUAAAUAUGAGUGAGAAAUUGUUGAUAUUAUCAAAUAAAUACGAUGCUCUUGUAAAAGAAUCUAAAUUACAAGAAGAAGAGUUAAAGCAUUUAAAGAAUAAAAAAAAGUAUAGAAAUGAUAAAACAAAUGAAUUUGUUAUGACUCUGAAAAGGCAGAACGAAGAAUUUAAAAAAGAUUAUGAUAUAUUAAGUGAAAAAUAUUCUCAAUUAUUGAAAAAAUACGAUUCAUUAAAAAAUGUACAUAAUUCUUUACAAGAACAAUAUAAUGAAAAUAAAAAACAAAUGGAAAUUAUUAGAAAGGAGAAAAUAAAUGAAGGCUUUGAUGAAAACAGUGCACUUAAGAUAUUAAACUUAGGGAAUGAUUUGUUAUACAAAAGGAAUAUCAAUAAAGAUAAGGACGAAUUGAAUACAUUAAAAUUAGAAUUAGAAUAUAAAGAAAUGAUAAUACAAAAAUUAAUAAAAAAAAGUUUAAAUGAAGGAAGAAUAAAUAAGCAAAACACUGAUUAUAAUGAGAUAAUAAGGAGCAAUGAAAAAAAAAUAGAUGAAUUAUAUAAAAAAUAUUUAGAUUCUCAAAGUGAUAACGAUAAAUUAAAAAAACAAAUUAAUAAUUUAAAUAAUGAUAUAAAACAGUUAAAAGAAGAAAAUAGCUCUUUAUUGAAUACUACGAUUAAAUUAAGAGAUAUUAAAAAAAAAGGAUCUAAUGAUGAAUUUCAUAUUAAUCAAUUUGAUGAUUUGCUCAAUAAUCUUUUGAAAGAAAAUUCUAAUUUAAAUGAAGAAAUUUCAAAGCAGAAGAAAAAACAUAUGGCAGAUACUUACUAUUUUAAUAAAGAAUUAGAAAUGAUAAAAAAUGACAAGUUUAAAAUAAUUGAAAAAUUUGACAACAAGAAAAUUAAAAAUAUUCCUCAUUUAUUCCAACCAGUAAAUUUAACAGUAAAUAUGAAGGAUGAUAAAAGUGACUGUUUAGAAGAAAAUCAAAAUUUAAAAAACAAUCUUGAUAUUUGUAAGGAUGAUUAUAAUUUAAUGAAUUCCAGAUGUAAGUUGAAUAAACCUAUAAUUACCGAUGACUUAGCUCAUAUUUAUAUUCAGGAUUAUAUGGAAAAAGUCCAAAACAAAAAAUAA